UCCGCAUUGGCUAUUGCUGUUGUUUGUGAGUUUGUGUAUUUGCGGUAGCAGCCAAAAGUCAGGUCGCUGCAGAAGGAUCCCUGGGGAGUUCCUGAGAAGACAGUGAGAGCAGGACAAGUGCUCCAGACCCAGCCAGGUGAAGAUCUCUGGAGACCAUGACCAAGAAAAGGAUUGCUGUGAUUGGAGGAGGAGCGAGCGGGCUCUCCUCCAUCAAGUGCUGCCUGGAAGAAGGCUUGGAGCCCGUCUGCUUUGAAAGGAGUGCUGACCUCGGAGGGCUCUGGAGGUACCAGGAAAAUCCUGAAGAAGGAAGGGCCAGUAUCUACAAAUCAGUGAUCAUCAAUACUUCUAAGGAGAUGAUGUGCUUCAGCGACUACCCGAUCCCAGAUCAUUAUCCUAAUUUCAUGCACAACUCACAUGUCCUAGAAUAUUUCAGGAUGUAUGCCAAAGAAUUUGGCCUUCUAAAGUAUAUCCAAUUCAAGACCACUGUGUGCAGUGUGAAGAAGCAGCCUGAUUUCUCUGCAUCAGGCCAGUGGGAGGUGGUCACUGAGCAUGAAGGGAAAAUGAAGGUGGAUAUUUUUGAUGCAGUCAUGGUUUGCACCGGCCAUCACACCAAUGCUCACCUACCUUUGGAAAGCUUUCCUGGAAUUGAAAAAUUCAAAGGACAGUACUUCCAUAGUCGAGACUAUAAGUACCCAGAUGUAUUCACUGGAAAGAGAGUUGUUAUAAUUGGCAUUGGGAAUUCUGGAGGGGAUCUGGCUGUAGAGAUUAGCCACACAGCCAAACAGGUAUUCCUCAGUACCAGAAGAGGGGCUUGGAUCCUGAAUCGUGUAGGAAGCCAUGGAUAUCCCUUCGAUGUAUUGUUUUCUUCUCGGUUUGCAUAUUUAUUGUCAAAAGUGUGUGGCCAAUCGUUAUCAAAUGCAUACCUGGAAAAACAAAUGAAUGAAAGAUUUGACCAUGAGAUGUUUGGCCUGAAACCUAAACACAGAGCACUGAGCCAGCACCCAACAGUAAAUGAUGACCUGCCAAAUCGUAUAAUGGCUGGCUUAGUGAAGGUGAAAGGAAAUGUGAAGGAAUUCACAGAGACAGCUGCCAUAUUUGAGGAUGGCUCCAGGGAAGAUGACAUUGAUGCUGUUAUCUUUGCCACAGGCUAUAGUUUUUCCUUUCCUUUUCUGGAAGAUUCUGUCAAAGUGGUGAAAAACAAAGUAUCACUGUACAAAAAGGUCUUCCCACCUAACCUGGAAAGGCCAACUCUUGCAAUCAUAGGCUUGAUACAGCCUUUGGGAGCAAUUAUGCCCAUUGCAGAGCUCCAGGGACGCUGGGCUACUCAAGUAUUUAAAGGGAUAAAAACAUUGCCUUCAGAAAAUGAAAUGAUGGCAGAAAUAACUAAGGCUCAAGAAGAAAUAGCAAAAAGGUAUGUGGACAGCCCACGCCAUACUAUUCAGGGAGACUAUGUGGCAACAAUGGAAGAGCUUGCUGAUUUGGUGGGAGCCAGGCCCAAUCUACUGUCUCUGGCCCUCACUGAUCCCAAGCUGGCCUUAAAGUUAUUCUUUGGACCUUGUACUCCAGUCCAGUAUCGUCUACAGGGCCCUGGAAAGUGGGAUGGGGCUCGGAAAACUAUCUUAACCACUGAAGAUCGGAUUAGGAAGCCUCUGAAGACAAGAGUAACCGAAAAGAGCAAUUCCAUGGCUUCAACAGUGACAAUUGGUCGGUUUAUGCUAGCUGUUGUUUUCUUUGCUAUAAUUAUGGCUUAUCUUUAGUUGUCCCAUUGUCAAUGUCCUGAAUUUCACUGGGAAGCUUGAUCUAGAGAUGGCUUUAGAACCUGACAAAAUUCAAUAACUCUCACCUUCAUAUUGCCCCAAAGUCUUUAUCUUUCAAAAGAAUCAAUCUUUUUCCUACAGUGAAAUUCCAGGUUUAUUUGAAUGGACUCAUUUCCAUUCCUCUCUUAAUCACUUUUUCAUCUUGUUAUCAAAUAUUAUGAUGGUGACCCUAAAUUAGCAUCUAUAAGAAAUUACUAUGUAACUCUUGUUCUGAUAGGCUUGGUUUUCUAUCAGAAGCUCAAUUUUGUUUGUUUCUAAUACUGUAACUAAAUAUACAUUUUCUGAAAUCUAUGAGAAGUACAGUACUGGUUUUACAAUGGUUAUGUUGGUUACAUAGAUAAGACAUAUAGAUACCCAAGACAUUUUGUUUUACUUCCUAUUCAUUAAUGUACCUGGUAAUUGGCCAGUUUGUUUCUUUUAUUCCUUUUCCUUAAGGAACAUGUCUUUAUUUUCUUAAUAAAGAAAGUACUUUCCA